AUGCAAGCGAAGGUGUUUCUGCUCUGCCUGGUAAAACUUCCGUUCGGUGACGUCAGGGAGAGACACAAAGCAAAAAGAUUGAAAACCAGCUGGCAUGCAAAUCACAUAGAUGCGGACACCAAGGCCAAUCGGAGAUCUCCCCCGGCCCGAAGAGUACCCGUGUCACUCUCUUUGGGAACAUUUCUGCCGACUCGAGCGCAAUCAGAUGACCCCAACGAUGAGGAGCAGCCUCUCCAUCUGACCAACGACGCGUCUUUCUUUCAGCCGCAUCUGCACGACCGCCGACUGGGUCGCCAGUUGACUGAGGAUCUGGGUCUGAGCCAGGGCUCGAGCAGCAGUGGCAGCAGCAGCAGUCAGUCCAGCUCCACCUAUGAGGACGAGGACGAUGUGGAGGGCUCCAGCGAGUACUACGACAGCGAUGAGGAGCAGUCGGAGGGCAGCAACGAGUCCCUGCCUCGCCUGCUCUCGCAGUCCACCUUCAAUCGCAUCUCGGAGACCCUGGGAGCCCUCAAUCAUGUGGGCCACAUGCUGGUGGACAUCACGCGAGGGGGACAGGAUCAGGCCAAAACGGAGGUUGAGAAGAGUGAGGAUCAGAGCAAGUCGGAUGGAUCCUUCGGCUCAGCUUUGAGUGCUUCCAGCACCACGGAGUUGGCCCCCUCUUCUACUCCAUCCACCCUGGGAAAAUCGGAACCACUGCCAGGAGUCUCCGACAAACUGAUGGACCCUCUGCCCAUCACCCUCUCUGCCAAUAGUCUGCUGCCAGCUGGCAAGCCUGCCAAUCUGAGUGUUAUCCAAGUGGCCACCAAGAGAAUCGGCACCGAUGACUCUGCCCCCAUGUUUGUGGAGAACAAGGAGCUCAAGCAGAAGAAGAAAAAGAAGAAGAACAAGAACAAGCAGAAGCUGAAGAAGCCCAGUGAAGAAGGAGUCCCCAUUCCGGUGGUUCAGGGAUCGGUUCAGCAAUCGCAGCAGAAGAUCAAGAUACCCACCACUCCGAGGACUACGACGACCACCACGACGGAGGCACCCGUCACCCUGAGUCCCUUGGAUCAGCUGGCGGAGGCCAGCGAUGAGGCAGGAACCGGCAAGGAUGUGGAGAACUACUGCAAGACGCCGAGUGGCAGAAGGGGCCGCUGUGAGGAUCUCAGCAGUUGUCCCGCCCUUCUCCUCAACCUCAGCAGCUUGAGGGAAUCCCUGUGCUUCAAGAGCCUCUAUGUGCCGGGCGUGUGUUGCCCCAUUUCCGCAUCAUCCACUGUUCUGACCACCCAGAAACCCCUGAGGCUGACCACCCGGCCCACAACCACCACGAGCACCACCAAGCCCACGCAGCAGUCCACCAAGAAGACCACCGUGCGACCCACCACGCGACCCACUUCGGGUUUGGUGCUCAUUCCCCAGAAGAAACCCCCGACCACCACGACGACCACCACCACUGAGGUGCCACUGGAGCCCGAGGGUCUGGAGGAGAUCGGCAACAAUAUCGUGGAUCCCGAUGAGUGCGGCCAGCAGGAGUACUCCACGGGCAGGAUUGUGGGCGGAGUGGAGGCUCCGAAUGGCCAGUGGCCAUGGAUGGCGGCCAUCUUCCUCCACGGACCCAAGCGAACGGAGUUCUGGUGCGGUGGUUCCCUAAUUGGUUCCAAGUAUAUCCUUACUGCGGCCCAUUGCACCAGGGACUCGCGACAGAAACCAUUCGCUGCCCGUCAGUUUACGGUGCGAUUGGGAGACAUCGAUCUCUCCACAGAUGCCGAACCCUCCGAUCCCGUGACCUUCGCCGUCAAGGAAGUGCGCACCCACGAGCGCUUCUCCCGCAUUGGCUUCUACAACGACAUUGCCAUCCUGGUUCUGGACAAGCCGGUGAGAAAGUCCAAGUAUGUGAUUCCCGUGUGCCUGCCCAAGGGAGUUCGUAUGCCGCCCAAGGAGCGACUUCCAGGGCGCAGAGCCACCGUCGUGGGCUGGGGAACCACGUAUUACGGUGGCAAGGAGUCCACCAGCCAGCGGCAGGCGGAACUGCCCAUUUGGCGGAACGAGGACUGCGAUCGCAGCUACUUCCAGCCCAUCAACGAGAACUUUGUCUGCGCAGGCUACUCCGAUGGCGGAGUGGAUGCUUGUCAGGGCGACUCUGGCGGCCCGCUGAUGAUGCGAUACGACUCCCACUGGGUUCAACUGGGAGUGGUUUCCUUUGGAAACAAGUGCGGCGAACCUGGCUACCCGGGUGUCUACACUCGGGUCACCGAAUACCUGGACUGGAUACGCGAUCACACGAAGGACUGAUCGCCCUCCUGGUCCCGAUCCCAACCACCUUAGCCGUAACUGUAGCCUAGGUUUAGGUACGCACUAGUCUAUGUACUCUUAAUGACCCGAGCCCCUCCCCUCCUGUUCUAUGUGCAGUGCCCUAUUUAUUAACCGCAUCCCGUUGCUAUGAUGAGUGGCAUUUGUUGACUAAAUUAUUAAUAUUUAAUUUUGAUAAUAAACUAUGUGAAAAGUA